UUUUUUCUUCUUUUUUUCCUACUUUUUUUUUUCAUCUUAAAAGUUUGCGAUGCCUCCUAAAUUGACCGCUGCUGAAAUCGAAGCAAAUGAUGCUGCCAGAUUAAAUGAGCUUGGCUAUAAACAGGAAUUAAAAAGAGAAUUGGGGUCGUUUGGAAAUUACGGUUUGGCCCUGAGUGUCGUAUGUAUCUCCUCUGGAUUGACAAGUUUGUUUUCCUAUGGUUUGAAAACGGGUGGACCGGUCGUUAUGGUAUGGGGUUGGGUUGUGGUGGCCUGCUUCACUUUAUGUGUCGCUUUAGCUAUGGCAGAAAUUUCAUCUGCUUAUCCUACUUCGGGUGGUCUUUAUUGGUGGGCAGCACGAUUAAGCUCAAAAAAAUAUGCACCUGCUACCUCGUGGAUGACUGGAUGGUUUAAUUUAAUCGGUCAAUUUGCCGUGACCGCAGGUAUCAUGUAUGGUAUUGCAUUAAUGAUUGCAGCUACCAUCAGUAUUGGCACAGAUGGAGCGUGGGUGCCAACAGUAGGUGCCACAGUUGGAAUACAUAUAGCUCUUUGUGUGACCGAAGGCAUCGCAAACUCCCUGGGAUCGAGAGUCAUGACAACCCUGAAUAAUUUCAGUACGUGGUGGCAAGUCAUUGCACCUGCUGUCAUUAUGAUCACCAUUGUAGCCAAAGCACCUACCCAUCAAGCUCCCAAAUUUGUCUUCACGGAAUUCAAUAAUGAUUCGGGUUGGACAAAUACUGCCUAUGUGACGGUAGUAGGACUUUUACAAGCACAAUUCACUUUGACUGGUUAUGAUUCCAGUGCUCACAUGUCAGAAGAGACUAAAAAUGCAGAGAUUGCCGGCCCCGUGGGUAUGACAAUGGCUGUGAUAGUGAGCUCGUUGAUGGGUUUCUUGUUCAUCAUUGCGUUCUUGUUUUGUAUUCAGGAUUUUCCCAAUACGGUGAAUACAGCCACGGGUUUCCCCAUUAUGCAAAUUAUGGUGGAUUGUGUAGGUAAAGUGGGGGCCAUUGUCAUGAUGGUCAUGUUGAUCAUUGCUUGUUGGCAGUGUGGAUUUGCUAGUGUAGCAGCCAACUCUCGUAUGAUUUAUGCCUUUUCUCGUGACGGUGCUAUGCCCGGAAGUCAAUACUGGCACAAGAUCGAUACCAAGCGACAAGCUCCUAUCAAUGCGGUUUGGUUAUCUGUCUUUAUCGCUGCUAUCUUGGGUUUACCUGCUCUGGGUAACUCUACGGCCUUCUCAGCUAUCACAUCAGUUGCCACGAUUGGUCUUUAUAUCUCGUACGCAGUUCCUAUCUUUGCCAAGAUUGUCAACAAGAAACAGUUUGUAAGAGGACCUCUUCAUUUAGGACGAUUUUCUGAUGUGAUUGGAGCAAUUGCUGUUCUUUGGAUCUGUAUCAUUACUAUCUUGUUUGUUCUUCCACCAGUGUAUCCAAUCGAUGCAGUCAGCAUGAACUAUUCUUGUCUUCUUGUGGGCCUUGUGUUAUUUGGAGCAGGUGGUAGUUGGGUGUUUAGUGCCAGACAUUGGUUUACAGGUCCCGUCAUUAACUUAGGUAACAAGGAAGAAGGGGAGGUCAACUUGGAGAAUGACAAAAAAAUGUUCAAGACAAGUGAUGAUCUUGAAGAAGGUGCAGAUUCAAAAGAAGGUGUGAAAGUAUCUGAGGUUGAAAGGGUUGCCUGAUGAUAAAAGUUCCCAUAUACCUAUAAAAAAACACAUAUCUACAUCAUAACACACUUAAUCCCACUUAAUUUAAUAAAUGAUUAAAACUUAUAUACU